AUGGCAGCAGCAGCGGAGAAGGCAGGCUUCCAUGCAAGUUCCGAGGCCUUCAAACAGGCAGUGGAGGUACUGCCAAAUGCGCCAGAGCCAAUAGUGCGCUGUGCAUUCAUAUCGCAGCUGAUCCCACUAGCGAGAGCAUGGGACAAGGACGGCGGGGCACAGGGCCAUGCAGAGGUCCUAAAGCUGAUGCAGACAGCUCUGGACAGUCUGGAGGAUGAUGUCGAGGAGGUGACCUCAGCGGGGCAGGCGGCGGUGCUGGGCAUAGUGCGGCUGCUGGCGCCGGAGGAGCUGCAGCCGCACAUGCUGGCCUCGCUGGACGCACUGGAGCGCCACCCGGACGACGAGGUGCGCUGCAUCCUGGCCGAGCUGGUGGCCACCCUGGCCGCCGACGCCGAGAGCGUUCCUGCCGAAGCCGAUCUGCUGCCGCGCCUCCUGCGUCUCGCCACCGACACCGCCUACCUCGAGGUGGUUUUUGGGCUGCCCAGGCUGGCGCCCAGGCUGCCACAGGAGGAGGUGAACUCGCAGCUGAUGCCCGCCUUCAGGAAGCUGGCAGCCGACCGCGUGUGGCUCGUGCGCGCAGCCGCUGCAUCCGCUCUGCCCGCCAUCGCUGGCCUCCUCCCUGAAGGCGAAGCUAGGGCGGGGCUUGUAGAUCUAUGGGAUGACCUGGCGGGUGACACAUCGAGGUGGGUGGUGAGCUCCGCGCUGACGGCCCUGGGGCCGUUCCUUGCGCAGCUGCCGGCAGAUAGCCUGUCAGACGGGCUGCUGCAGCAGCUUCACAAGGCAGUGCAGAGGGGCACCGCGGGCACAGACUGCCUUAUGGCGGCGGCAGGGGCGCUGCCGGCGGUGGCCGAGGCGGUGGGCGCGCCCCGCUGGGCCGCGGUGAAGCCGGUGCUGUCGGCGCUGGCAGCGUCGGCUGACAAGGAGGUCCUGCAUUGCCUGGCUCGCGACCUCCCCCGCCUCGCGCGCGCCCUCGGCCCCGACAGGGCCGCCUCCGACUGGCUGCCCGCCCUCAAGGAAAUACAGCGGCAUGGGGGCGCGGAGGCGCUGGCGGGCCUGGCGCCGCAGCUGGCGCAGUUUGCAGAGCUGCUGCCGCCGGAGCGGCGCGGAGAUGUGCUGCAGCCGCUUGUGGCCGUGCUGAGGGGCAGCGCCAGCUGGCGCGUGCGCACUGAGCUGACUGGACAGCUGAGUCAGCUCGCCCGCUCCUCUCUGGCGCAGGUGGUGGAGCAGUCCCUGGUGCCAAGUGCAGUCCAACUGUGCCAGGAUCCGGUGGCCGCCGUGCGCCACGCGGCCGCGGCAGAGUGCGCCGCCAUGGCCGCGCAUCUCUUUAGCCUUGUUGUCGCCCCCACGGGUCCCUCAGGCCUCACUGGCACGGCAUCCAGUGCAGGCAGCGCUCCGGCGGAGCCGUCAGCCUCGUUGAGCAGACCAGAAGCUGCAGCAGAGGCGGCCAGCAGCGCCCGGGCGGGUGCUCCUGGGGAGGCUGACAGGGACCGGUGGAGAGAGGUGCUUGAGUCACUCCUGCAGCAGCUGAAGUGUGGCCUGGCGCGCAGCCGCAGCUUCCGCUCCCGCCACUCCUUCGUGCUGGUCUGCCAGCACAUCUUGGGCAUGCAAGCGGUGGAUCUCUUCCAGCAGGAGCUGCUGCCAGAGCUGCUGAAGCUGGCACAGGAUCCUGUGGUGGAUGUGAGACUGGCGCUGUGCCGGCUGUUGCUGCAUGAUGAAGGCCCCUUGAACAGCCUCGGCAGUGCUGUGUCCGCAUUAAGAGAGCACUCGCCCCAGGCCAAGAGCAGGGCAGCUGCAGACAUUGCAGUGCCAGCCAUGGCUCCCCAGAAGAAGUAG